AUGGCACCCGGUACUAAACCUCAAAUCAUACAGAAACAAUACAGAGACGACUCAAGCAAGCUCGAUGUUAUCAUCGUCGGCGCUGGUCUCGGUGGCCUCGGAGCAGCCAUAUCGACUUUACUCGCCGGUCAUAACAUUCACAUUCUCGAAUCCGCGCCUGAGAUAGGCGAAAUUGGUGCUGGAAUCCAAUGCCUCCCCAACUCAUCACGAGUUCUCAUCUCCUGGGGCCUCGAAGAAUAUCUCUCACAGCAUGCCACCAUGCCGCGACUAUGCAAUAUGAUCGGCUGGAAGGGGAACAAGAUAAGCGAAAUGGACUUCCAUGAGUAUGAGAAGGAGUGUGGGACACCAUUUUGGGACUUCCACCGGGCCAACCUACACAUGGGCUUGCUAGAGAGGGCCGUUGAGCUGGGUGCGAAGAUGACUACCAAGGCCAGGGUUGUGGAUGUGCAAUACGAGCAUGAUGCGCAUAACGGCUCUACCAGAGCUGUUGCUGUAUGUCUGGACGGAACACGUUACAAGGCUGAUCUAGUGGUCGGCGCGGAUGGUAUCAACUCCAAGUGCCGAGAGAUACUACUAGGCCACGAAGACCCACCGCUCCUAACAGGCGAUUUGGCUUAUCGACUUCUGCUCAAUACAGAAGAUAUGCUCAAGGAUCCCGAGCUAAGAGGAUUUGUAGAAGACCCCCAGGUUAAUUACUGGAUGGGGCCAGAUGCACACGCUGUCAACUAUGUACUCCGUGGCGGCAAGCUCUUCAACAUGGUAUUAUUAGUACCAGACGACAUGCCCGCAGGUGCCAAUACACUCGCCGGAAACGUCGAGGAAAUGCGUUCCCUCUACAAAGACUGGGAUCCACGGAUACCAAAGCUUCUCGCUCUAUGCCAAUCAGUGUCAAAAUGGCGUCUUAUGAUCCGACCUGGUCUCGAUCCUACCUGGUCACAUGAAUCCGGCGCGUACACCAUCCUCGGCGAUGCUGCACACGCAACCCUACCAUACCUUGCCUCUGGUGCGGGCAUGUCUCUGGAAGACGGUCAUGUCCUAGGCCUCUGUCUCGCCAAGAUAAAGAACAAAUCCACGGCUGAGAAGAAGCGCGCCCUCGCCGUCUACGAGCGCUGCCGCCGCGAACGCACCGAACGUGUUGUUUCGCGCGGAAAUCGCCAGCAAUACCUCUACCACGUUCAUGAUGGUCCCGUGCAGCAAGAACGUGAUCGCACCCUCCGUGCUUUUGGGGAGUUCAACGGCAAGGGAAGGAUUAGCAAGGAAGAAUAUGAGGCAAAGGGGUUGAAAGUUGAAGAUGAUCCAUUGGCGUGGAGGUGGGGUGGGGUUGGUAGCUGGUUGCUUACGUAUGUAUGUGAGGAGGAUGUUGAGCAGAGGUGGAAGGAGUAUGAGGCCGAGAGCAGGGCAGAAAUGGGUGGAGAGGGGGUUAGAGCGGUGCUGUAG